UUUGCGUAAAUUACAUGCUUUUAUACAAAAUAUAUCAAUAUUUUAGCAUAUGUCAUGUAUAUUUACACUUUCAGGGGUUUUUCUUUAAAUGAUGCACUGGCUAUGCUGGAGGAGGAGGAAGAUAUGAUAGAGCACGUUGAGUCAUUGACUAUUUCUCCGCCCGAAAAUGCCACGGAUUCUCAAACUGAUGAAGAUUCUGGUGACGAAGACACGCUUACGAUAAAUAAUCUACCUGCUAAGCAGCUUAGAGCGCCUGCUGAAAUAAAUUUUCAUAAAUAUAAUACAAGGCAAAACAUUUCCUCUAAUUCCUCAAAUCUAAAAGAUGACAAAAAUGCCCCAUCAGUGGAAGAAUAUGAAACGCCAUCAAAGAGAACAAAAACAAUAAAGAGAAAAAAGAUUUAUAAAUGGGAAACCGAAGAUUUGGUGUAUGAUGGUGAAGAAUUUAGUAACGAUGAAGAAGAAAUGCCUCUGCAAACCCCUUUAGAUAUGUUUUCUUUAUUUUUUGAUGACAAAAUAUUGGAACUAAUAGUUGUCGAAUCAAAUCGAUAUGCAGGGCAACAAAAUCAUUGCCUGAAAAUAGAAAAACAUGAGAUAAAAGCAUUCAUUGGAGUGUUAUUACUCAGUGGAUAUGUGCCAGUUCCGAGGCGGAGAAUGUUCUGGGAAAACGAAAGAGACAGUCACAAUGUACUGGUUUCUGAAGCUUUGUCAAGAAAUAAAUUUGAAUAUAUUUUAUCUCACUUUCACCUAACUGACAACGUCACUAUAAAUACAUCCGACAAAUUUGCUAAAGUUAGGCCAUUGUUCGAUCACCUCAAUGCUGCAUUUUUGAAAUUUGGUAAAUGUGAGGAAAUGCACUGUGUUGACGAAGCCAUGGUACCAUAUUACGGCCGCCAUGGCUGCAAACAAUUUAUUCACAAUAAGCCAAUUCGCUAUGGCUACAAACUUUGGGUAGGAGCAAGUAGAUUAGGCUACGUAAAUUGGAUGGAACCCUACCAAGGUGCUACCACAAAUAUUAGCGAAAAGUAUAUUGAUUAUGGAGUAGGGCCAUCUGUUGUUUUGGAGUAUGCUGACGUUUUAAGAACUAGGUGGCCUAAUAAACGGAUGCACCUAUUUUUUGAUAAUUUCUUUUCCACGUUAUCUUUGUUAGAAUUGCUAUCGGAGAAAAAUUUUAACGCUACCGGAACAAUACGUGAAAAUCGCAUAUCUAAUGGGCCACUGACAAACUCAAAAGAAAUAAAAAAGGAAGCUCGAGGCGUUUUCGAUUUCAAAAAAACAGAAAACCAGAACAUUAUUGUCGUGAAGUGGCAUGACAACAGCAUUGUCACCCUGUGCUCAAAUGCAGUAGGCGUAAACCCCCUGCAUAGGGUGAAAAGAUUUUCACGAAAAGAACGGACAAAUAUUCAGGUGUCGCAGCCACAUCUGAUAAACUUGUACAAUGCAAACAUGGGCGGAGUAGACAGAUGUGACCAAAAUUGUGGCACACUGUAUUGA